CAUGCUAUCUUUCUGGCAAAAAAAAUCUCCAAUUCACGCUAUUAACACUUUCGCUGCAGUUUCUUUGAUCGCGAUUAAUUAGUCUAAUACUAACAAAUUAUUAAUCGCGUUUAAUUAAUUAGUUUAAUACUAACAAACUAUCUAUCUCUAUAUAUAGAUAUUAACCCUAAUACGUAAGAAGAACACACUCACUUUUUCACAAGUUCUUCCUUUCAAUUUUCUUCUUCUUGUUCUAGGUUUUCAAAAAUCAAAUCAAGAUCCACAAAAUGUAUAAGGUAGCAAAAGCUUCAGAGUACCUUGUGAUAACCGGAGUCGGAAUCAAAGACAUCAAGCUUGCAAAGAAAGCAUGGAUUCUCCCCGGUCAAUCCUACACCGUCUUCGACCUUUCUCCGGUCAACUACACCUUCGAAGUUCAAGCAAUGAGCGCCGAGAAGCUCCCUUUCGUUCUCCCCGCCGUCUUCACAAUCGGUCCUCGUGUCAAUGAUCACGAAAGCCUCCUCAAAUACGCCAAAUUGAUUUCACCACAUGAUAAGCUCUCCAAUCAUGUUAAAGAACUCGUUCAAGGAAUCAUCGAAGGCGAGACGCGUGUUCUCGCUGCUUCGAUGACGAUGGAAGAGGUUUUCAGAGGAACAAAGGAGUUUAAACAAGAAGUGUUUGAGAAAGUUCAACUUGAACUUAACCAAUUUGGAUUGUUGAUUUACAAUGCAAAUGUUAAGCAAUUGGUUGAUGUUCCAGGCCAUGAGUAUUUCUCAUAUUUAGGGCAAAAGACGCAAAUGGAAGCCGCGAAUCAAGCUAAGGUUGAUGUGGCGGAAGCUACGAUGAAAGGUGAGAUUGGUUCGAAAUUGAGGAAAGGACAAACACUGCAGAAUGCGGCGAAAAUUGAUGCAGAGACGAAGGUUAUUGCUGUGCGGAGAACUGGAGAGGGUGAAAAGGAAGGAAUUAAAGUGAGGAGUGAAGUGAAGGUUUUUGAGAAUGAGAGAGAAGCUGAAGUGGCUCAGGCUAAUUCUGAAUUGGCAACGAAGAAAGCGGCUUGGACUAAAGCGGCUCAAGUGGCUGAAGUUGAAGCUGCUAAAGCUGUGGCUCUUAGGGAAGCUGAAUUGCAGGGUGAGGUGGAGAGGAUGAAUGCUUUGACAACUACUGAGAAGCUUAAAGCUGAGUUUCUGAGUAAAGCAAGUGUUCAAUAUGAAACCAAGGUACAAGAAGCAAACUGGGAGCUGUACAAGAAACAAAAAGAGGCAGAAGCAAUUCUGUAUGAGAAGAAGGCAGAGGCAGAAGCACAGAUUGCAUUGGCAGACGCAACAUUUUAUGCUAAAAAGCAAGCAGCUGAGGCAGAUCUAUAUGCAAAGAAAAAAGAGGCUGAGGGGAUUGUGGCACUUGGACAAUCUCAAGGAGUGUAUAUAAGUACACUUCUGACUGCACUUGGAGGAAACUACACAGCUCUAAGGGACUAUUUGAUGAUAAAUGGUGGCGUGUUUCAAGAGAUUGCAAAGAUUAAUGCUGAGGCAAUUCGUGGACUUGAGCCUAAGAUUAGUAUAUGGAGCAAUGGUGGUGAUAAUGGUGGGGGAAUAACAGAAGGUGGUAUGAAAGAUCUUGCUGGUGUGUACAAGAUGUUGCCACCUCUGUUUAAGACUGUUCAUGAGCAAACAGGGAUGUUGCCUCCUUCUUGGAUGGGAGCCUUACCUGACAAAACCUCUUAAUUAGCAGGAUGAAAAUAUCAGGUUUAAGCAGUACCUUUCAUUGAUUCGGUAAUUUGGUAGUAGUCUCUUUUAUUGUGUGAUGCUUGUGUGCGAUUGAUUCACUCAUCUUUUAUUAUUUUAAGGUUCAAAAUCCUAUAGUA